AUGCCAGAGGAAUUUGACGCGGAUGAUGCUGAUUUCGAGUCGGUGCUUCGUGCAGAAGCAGCUACUUCUACUCCAAGCCCUGCGAUUCCCACACCACAAAAUUUUCCUGAGCGACCACAACCGCCCAAAGUCGAGCAACCUAAGCCGCAGGCCCUCACAAGCAAAUCCGGUCCUUCAUCCAUCCUAGUUUCAACACGACAAAAAGGAAAUCCAAUACUGAAUCAUAUCAAGCUCUUACCAUGGGAGUACGCCGAUAUACCCGCUGACUAUGUCAUCGGGGCUACCACAUGUGCCCUGUUUCUAUCGCUAAAAUACCACCGCCUCCACCCUGAGUAUGUUUAUUCGAGGAUCCGCCCGCUUGCUGGAAAGUACCUACUACGCAUACUCUUGAUCAUAGUCGACAUUCCUAAUCAUGAAGAGAGUCUUAAGGAGUUGUCUAAAACAUCGAUCAUCAACAACCUCACCCUAAUCCUAUGCUGGUCCGCCCCCGAAGCCGCGCAUUACCUAGAGCUCUUCAAGUCAUGCGAACAUUCUCAGCCGACCGCUAUUCGCACACAGCAAGCACAAUCAUACAAAGACUCGCUUGUAGAGUUUGUUACGGUUCCCCGGAGCAUUAACAAAUCCGACGCAGCGAGUCUCAUAUCUACGUUCGGUAGCCUACAAAACGCAGUAAACGCCCAGCCCGAGCAGAUCAGUGCUGUUCCUGGGUGGGGUGAGAAGAAGGUUAAACAAUGGUGUAAUGCCGUGCGGGAAGAUUUCCGCGUUGAGAAGGCGAAGAAGAGGACAGCUCCGAAACGGACCGUGCCGGUCCGGCAUAGUCUGGACUCGAGCGAGGAGGAAAGUCUCUUUGUUGGGGCACAUGAACCGGUGGCACCGCGAUCUAAGGAUGGGCAAGAUGAAGAAAUGGAUGAAGGGAUUUCGGCUGCGCUGGCAAAGCUUCGCGAGAACGGCGGAUGA